GCGUGCACAGACCAGCACAGGGGAAUCCACGGUUUAUCGUUGCAGAGAUAAGUGAGGUGCUAUAAAAUAAAAGAACGACAUAAAAAAUAAAAUAGUUCACGACUUUCGAAAUAGUUGUACACAGUAUUACUUCAAGGAAAAAACAUUUAUUGUUUGUUCUUUAAGAUUAAUUAGACGAAAUAAUGGUUAAAGACACUCCGACUUUUAAUACCACGCCUGCAGGAAGUUAUCCGCCUCCUGGCUUUGCUCCACCUCUCCAAAUGCACAAUCCAACUGUUAUAAGUGCGCCACCACAAAGUUCUUUUGGACCGGUUAGUAAGAUGAUGACAUGUCCUUACUGCAACAGUCAGAUCAGCACUAAAGUAGUUGCAAAUGCUACAACGAAGACCCACUUAAUUGCACUACUACUUUGUCUUUGCUUGUGUUGGUGUUGUGUAUGCUUACCGUAUUGUAUGGAUUCAUGUCGAAAUCAAAAUCACUAUUGUCCCAACUGCGAGGCUUUCUUGGGAACAUACACCAACUAACGAUCGUUUUAAAUAAGAAGUAUGGUACCUUUGUUACCUGCGAUUAGUAUAAUAGUUUAUAUUUUUUUUAAGAUGUUUAUCAUGGCUGGUUUUUCAUAAAAGUAUUUUAAUAAUUGCGUUUGUAUUAAAUAUGUUAUUGUACAUUUCAAAGCAAAGAUUUUGUUCUAUAGUACAUAUAAUUUUUUACCAUACUCACCCCUAUCGAAAGUAAGAUAGAUUCAAUAAAAAAGGGCUACUCUCUUAAAUAUUUUCAGUGAAUAGUAACUGAAAAUCAGUAACUAUUCAAAUGGCAACAGUGCCAAGUGCGUAAGUGAAAUUCAGUUACGUUCACUGAAAAAAUCGGUUGCAUAUAGUGACGAGGAUAUGGAAUUUCACUUAUGUCAUCAGUAAUUAUUUACUUAUGUUACCAGUAAUUUAUCGAUAAGGAUAACGGCUAAAUAAUUAGUAAUUAAUUUUUCAAUAUAAUUUAACGAACUUACAAAAUAUACGUACAACAUCAGUAAAAAAAUAGUUAAGAUAGUUAAUAUGAAUAAAAGAGUAGUUCAAAAUAAUAUAUUUUUAAAAAAGUAUUUUUAUUAUCUUAAGUGGUCAUCUUCAAUAUGUGAAAUAUUAAUUUGCACUGACGAUACUACACUGCCUGGCUUAACUUCCAUUUUAUAUGACGAUGCAUUACGCACUAUUUUCAAAAUUUGGUAAUUAAAACGAAAGCUUUAUAAGGAAAAAAUUUCAAUAUCGUUGCUAAAAAUGGGUUGGGAAAUUGUGCCUUACGAAAUGUUUUAUUCAUUUCCUUCAACGGCCUGGUAUACAAAAAACUCAAAAUUUAUUUCUUAAGGGGCUUCAGUAGCACAACGAAAGUUUUUAAAGAAGAAAAAGGCGGAGAUAUGGUCGGAAUUAUUCGUAAUUAAUCGCUCUAUAUUGCUAUUUUGUUCUAUUAAUUAUUUAAUAACUUACUCUUCAACUGUGAAAUUAAUGUACGUUUGUGACAUUUUUGUGUUAUAACCUUAAAAAAGAGUAAUUCAUUAACUACUUACAAGUUCAGUGUUUGUAUAGUUUUAUAUAAUCAUUUUAACAUACAAAUAAACAGAUAUUAGAUUAUUUUACUAAACUAUAUGAAAUUAAAUGUAAAACAAAUAACUUUAUACUUACUUGCUCAAGAAUAAAAACAAUACCCACACAACUGCUCCAUAAAUCAUAAUAGACAGUAGCACUACCGGUGGCGUAAAAAAUUAUCAAAUUUUACUGAGAAAAUCUAUUAAAUAACAAAAUUACUGGCUCUUCAGUAAUUUCCCUAUUUAACUGAAAAAAGAAAAAACAGUAAUCAUUCACUGACAAUAUUAAAGAGAGUAACAUUCCUACCGGGUAAGAAAACUAGAAUGUGCCAUUAAUAAUAUUGAUAUAUAUUUUUUCUACCAUUUUUCUUUCUUCAUUAAAAUAGAUUGUUAAAUAAUGUGAAGCAACUUGCUACAAUUCUUUUCGUUUGUUAGUGACUGACUUAGUGUGUUACAUUGGAACUGUUUCUGUUGUUAGUACUCGCCAGUCACGCCACUGUUGAUUAAUAAUAACUCGCACGAAUUUUUUCUAUGCAAAACAAAUUCACAAGUCACGUGCAUUGGAUUUAUAUUAAUUUACAAUAUGGCGAACAAGACUUUAAACUAUAUCAAUAUUACAGCAAAAUAGAUCUUUUAGUUACCUGUAGUCCAGACAAGUUGGACCUUUGAGUGAUACAUUUGGAAUAGACCUGAUCUUUGCAUGUAAAUUAGUAACAAAUUACAUACAUCAUUAAUAAAUUUGUGCGUACGCUCAGAAAUGUAAGGAAGUUUGUUUAUAAUUAAUUUAAGGUCGUUUUUUCUGUUUUUUUUUUCUAUAACAUUUUUCGACUAAAUCAUUAAAAAAAAUAUAUAGAAUAAAGAAGAGAACGUUACUUAGAAUCACUUUUUCCGUAAGGGUAAGGAGGUUCGAUUUUUCAGUUAUAAAUUUUCUUCAAUAAAUGAGGAUUUAUCGAGAAAAAGCGAUUUCUUUUGAUAAUCUCACAUAUAGGAAGUAUACUUCUAUCAUAUCCCAUCAUUAAAAUUAUAUUUAUAUUUUAAAGUUAUUUUUGACUAUUUGUUUGUCAAUUCGAUUUUUAGGGAAUACUUUUACUGGUCCCAAAUUAAAGGUUUUUUAUUACAUUUUAUAAUUUUUUUAUAAAAUUGUUAAAAAUUAAAAAACCUUUUAGGGCCUAUUAUAAUACACUUCCUACAUAUUCGUAACGGAUCAAUAAAUGUUUGGUAGCAUUAGGAAGUUAAUUUUUUUUUUUAUUAACAAAUUAAUUGUUGCUUACCUAUUUAUUCGAUCAGGAUAAAGUUUUAGCAAGAUUAAUAGCUAUAAAAAAGGCUUCUUUUCUCAAAAUUUCAAUACAAUAGUAACCUCAUUUCUAUAUUAAAAGUGGACACCAACGAAGUCGUUUUUUCUCGAUAAAUCAUCACUUAUUGCAGAAAAUUUAUCACUGAAAAAUCGGACCCCCUUAACCAUAUCUAAGAAGAUAUUUUAAGCAACAUUAUCAUUUAAGUUUUUCUAUUAAAUAUUUAGAAAAAAGUAGGUAGUCGGAGAAAAACGAGAAAAACAUCGAAAAUACGAACAACCUAAAUUGUUUAUAAACAAAGCUCUUUACAUUUUUGUGCCGGCGCGCAAAUUUAUUAAUGAUGUAUGUAAUUUUUACUAAUUUACUUGCAAAAAUCAGAUCUAUUCUAAACUAUCAAAAACAAAUGGUAAUUUUUCAGCUAAUUCGCCUGAACUGCUACUAUAAAAAAUGGUUAAAGGACUAUGCAGUCUGCUAUGUUGAAUUUGCUUCCUUAUAAGUUUUUAUACAUACAUAAUAUAUAGCAAUAUGUAAUUUUCAUUUUAAUUUUUUGUUAUUUUAUGUUAUUAUAUAGGCAGGUACUUAGCAUUUUAAUCUUUGAUUUAUAAAAAUAUAAAAAAUAGUAUUUGUUGCUUAUGAUUAAACAUUUAUACAUAUAAAAAUUAUUGUAGGUUCAUUUUCUAAAUACCAUAUGCCAAUAGUAAAAACAUUACUAAUACCCUAUUGUUGAAAACGAAACCUAAGGGGCAGUUGUGUAAAACAGCAUAAGCAGUACAAUACCUAGUGUUUUAGGUUCAAUAAUUUUUUUAAAAAAUGACUAGAUUCUGGCAUCUGUUACAGUUGUAGAUAAAUGGACUUCUUUUGCCGUUACCAUUAUUAUUAAAAAUACA